AUGGUAUAUGUACCUGUUACGGCAGCUGUCGAGAACACAGGAGCAGCGGAUAGUACAGGUUCACUGGCUUGUAUUGGAUCAGUGAAUGAUAAUGAAGUUAUGAAUGGGAUGUUGGCUGUGGAUGGUACAGAGGUUGUGGAUGGCACAGGAGGAGCACAUGGAGCAGCGGAUUGUACGGGAUCUCUGGAUGGUUCGGGAUCGGUGGAUGACAUGUUGGCUGUGCAUGGUACGGGAGCUGUGGACGGCUUAGGAGCAGCGGAUGGCACUGGUAGAUCUGUGAACGGACCAUUGGCAUCAGCAGGAAGUAUGGCUGGAGCAUGGAGAGCUGUGAUAACGACAGUGGAUGGCAGGCUCCCGCGUACGUGCAGAGAGCGACACGGCGUGCCCCUUGACCCUGAAAUAUUUCGAAUGUGGACAUGCGCAGAGUGUUACCGGUACUUGUUUCCAAAGCGCAUUCUAACACCACUGUACCCAAAGUACUUGAGUACUUCCGGCAACUCAUCUUCUGGUUACAGCAUCGAGUAUGAGGCAAAUAUCCACGAUGACGUCAGCCGACUAGGUGUCUGCUCGACGCUAGGAGAAGACGAGUGUCACAGGUGGAUUUCUUGUUGUGAAGCAGCACACGACUGUUGUCAGCAGCAAUUGGCUGAAAAUGUCAGCAGCGUUCUGACUCAGUGUCCCAGGACGUGGGAUGGGUGGGGCUGCUGGAGAGACACGCCCCUGGAUAGCCACGCCCAUAUUAGCUGUCCACCAUUCAUCCUUUACUCAAUACCCUCCAGUUCAGCAGUCAAGAAAUGUAACUUGAAUGGUACCUGGGUGCGGAAGGAUAUGAUGGAAUGGACGGACUACACUCCCUGUUUGGACAAAGAUGGUUUGAUCAUGACCGUGUACAUUAGCCUGGCCUGUAACGUUAUCAGUAUUAUUCUCCUCAUCCCCGGUACUGUCAUCUUCGUUGGUUUCAGGACUCUGAGACGGCAACACAGGAUAAAGGUUCACAUUAACUUCUUCCUGUCCUUCAUUGUGAGCGGAUUAAGCGUAAUCCUGUGGGACAUACUUGUCACGUAUGACAAGCUCACCAACCCUAACAUGGCGGACACAAGGAUUCAGUUUACUGAUGGAUGCAAAGUGUUGUCUUAUCUAAAGAUUUAUUCCAAAAGUACAAACUACAUGUGGAUGUUUUGCGAAGGGUAUUACCUACAUCGGCUAAUAUCAAAUGCCUUCAAGCCUCCCUCGUCCCUCUUACCGCUGUAUAUCGUGGCGUGGGGUGUGCCACUGGUGUCCUCGACGAUCUACAGCGUCCUGAGAGUGUUAUAUGCAAAUAAAAGCUGCUGGGCGAUCAGUUUUGGAGAGUAUGAAUGGAUUAUCUAUACACCCAACCUCGUGUGUCUAGCGACAAAUUUCUUCUUCCUGUGUAUGAUUUUACGAAUCCUGACAACUCAAAUUCACGUGCAUCCUAAUGAACCGAGCAGUUUCCGGCGUGCCUUAAAAGCGACGUUUGUUCUUCUGCCGUUAUUUGGUAUUCAGCUGUUUGUCACAAUAUACAGAUUUCCACCGGGGACAGGAGAGGCGAAUUACGAACAGUUCACCAUAUUUGUGAUGAAUUCUCAGGGACUAUUUGUUGCCCUUCUCUUCUGUUUCUUUAAUGGAGAGGUGCUUGGGCUGUUAAGACUGACAUGCCCCUGCUGUCGUCGUGCCCCCUCACCCACGUUCACUACACGCAGGAGCCUCCUGGAGUCCUCUCCGUACGACAGUCCCAACCACGUGACCCAGAGCAUUCGAAUGACUCCCCGGAACACGGAUCGUGAUUACGCCAGUGUCCGGACGGUCCCGAACGCUGCAGAUUCAACGGGCAGAGCGUCUGACGAGCCUAACGGAAAAGGACGAUGUCCUCAGACAGAUGGAAAGUUUGGAGAAUUAGGAAAUGGAAAAUUGAAAUGCUGA